AUGACCACCGACGAGGAUGCCAAUCUGCUCGUCUAUCAGCCUACAGUUGGAGAGAUCAUUCUCGCCAUGCUCAACUACACCGACGGAGAAGUUCUAUCGCAACGCAUUCCGAACGUCACCAUCUCGGAACUUCGCGAUGUUCACUGCGGACUAGACGCCAUCGCGAAAAUCAUCAUAACCUGUCCAAGAUUCUGUACCGGAGUCCGCCGCCAGAGCGCUUUUUGUAAGUGGAACAAGAGAAAUUAGAAGAAAAGAAUUUGAUACUUGUGAAUUUCUAAACAUUUGUAAACGCAAUUGAAUGAAUUUCAGGGAUAAUUUGGGAGCUGUGUGGCAAUGGAAUGACAACCAGCGAGCUGGAAUCGACCUGCUGCCCCCCGUACACACCAUAG